CCUGCUCAGUCAGGGCCAUAAGCCAGCACCAUGCCUAAUAUGGCUUGUAGGCUGGAAAUCCAAAUAAGGUAGAAUUUCCAACUGAGCUCUUUGGCCACCAGCUCGAUUCUGCGGAAGAACAGAACCACUGGCUGGGCUCUCUACUUGGAUUCUGUGGCAAGCAGAAAUGCAGCCCACCAAAACUUGAGUGCUGGUUACUGUGAGCUCUGCCCACUUCUUCAUCUCAAUUUGAUUCCCAGUGAUUGAACCCGGGAAUUCCCCUAGUGAUUCCCACAAGGCCAGACCUGAGUGGGCCUCCUGGGCAAGCAUCUCAUAAUUCUAUGGCAGAUGAAUGUCCACUUGGAUCCUGUUUUUCUCACUGGAGAAACUUGGCCUUUGAGAAGCUCCAGGAUGAAAUUGGUGGCCUGGGGCAAUUCCAGAUGCUUCAGAUGCUUUUAGCCUUGCCUUCUCUCAUGAUGAUAGCAUGCCAUAUACUGCUGGAGAACUUCACUGCAGCUGUUCCAGGGCAUCGCUGCUGGGUCCACAUCCUCAAUAAUGACACUGUCUCUGAUAAUGACACUGGGACCCUCAGCCUUGAUGUCCUCCUGAGACUUUCCAUCCCCUUGGAUUCUUACUUGAAGCCAGAGAAAUGUCAUCGUUUCCUCCACCCACAGUGGCAGCUCCUUCACCUCAGUGGGCUCUUUCCCAACGUGAGUGACGUGAACAUAGAGCCCUGUGUGGAUGGCUGGGUGUAUGAUCACAGCUUCUUCUCCUCCACCAUCAUGACUGAGGUAAAGCCUCAUUUACAAUUAGCUCUGUGCACUGGACACAGAAAUAUCAUCUCCACAAGAUCUGGGGGAUAUUCCAGAACAGUAUUUAGAGGUAUUGGACAGACGAUGCUGGGAGGACUGGCUUUUGUCUUUCGAGAGUGGCGCACCCUGCAGCUGGUGGUGUCUGCACCUUUCUUUGUCUUCUUUCUCUCCUCAAGGUGGUUGGUUGAAUCUGCUCAGUGGCUGAUUGUCGCCAAUAAACCAGACGAGGGCUUAAUGAAACUUAAGAAAGUUGCACACAGAAAUGGAAUGAAGAGUGCUGAAGCAACCCUGAACAUGAAGAUUAGGAAGCACAAUACCCUCGUUUGGCAUCUUUAUGAAUCCACAGCUCUUCGGGAGCAAUAUUUUCCUGUUGCAGAAAUACAGAUCCUGCUUGUGACUUUGGCAAGUGUGGGAAUCAGUCGUGUUGCUGCUUCUGCUACCAGUCUUUCUGUCCAUUUUGUUGAACUCGUCCCCACUCUGCUCAGGUAUAUGAGUUUGUGGGUGCUCUGCCAGUAUACAAAGUAG